CGGAUGUCUGGGUUCUGGGUCACCUGACCGUGAAGUCGGCCAGUCAUGGCGUCCUGCUUGUUAGCUGGCGAGCGAUUUGUACGCGCUCUGGGUCCUGGUGGGGAGCUGGAGCCAGAGCAACUGCCCGGGAAGCUGCGGGCAGAACUUGAGGCCGCGCUAGGGAAGAAGCACAAGGGCGGCAAUCGCCCGGCUCGCCUGGUUUCUUUCCGCCUGAUCCGGGAUCUGCAUCAGUACUUGAGAGAAAGGGGUUCCAAACUAUACCUUCAUGAGCUCCUAGAAGGCAGUGAAAUCUAUCUCCCAGAGGUGGUGAAGCCUCCUCGGAACCCAGAGCUAGUUGCUCGUCUGGAAAAGAUUAAGAUACAGCUGGCCAAUGAGGAAUAUAAGCGGAUCACCCGCAAUGUCACCUGUCAGGAUCCAAGGCAUGGCGGAACUCUCAGUGACCUGGGAAAGCAAGUGAGGUCAGUGAAGGCUCUGGUCAUCACCAUCUUCAACUUCAUUGUCACGGUGGCGGCUGCCUUUGUCUGCACUUACCUUGGAAGCCAGUAUAUCUUCACAGAAAUGACCUCGGUGCACAAGUCAGUGGUCGUCCUUGCUCCACAUAUCUUGAUGCAGACCUGUAAUUUAUAUCAGAAGACUCCAGAACAGCAGAGGGAUUUGCUUUCUCCAAUUUGUGCUGGAAGAAGAACUGAUCAGAGGACAUCAAAUAAAAGAAAGCCAGUUGAUGCAGGAUGGUGCAAUUGUACACAAGGCAACUUUUUGGAGUCUUAGUUUCUCCCUUCAUUUUCUUUCUUCUGCUGGCCUUGUUCAGAUUUUCUAUGUUUCUGCCUGUCUUCACUACUCAUCAGCCCUCCUCCAAUUUCCCACCUUCUGGUCACCCUUUGCUCUGCUUCCAAAAAUGAAAACAAUGCAGAUAGUAAAGCAGUAUGUCUGCUUUUAAUUGCAAAACCCCUUGUACUUCUUUGUAUUUGUAAGGAGAGUAUGCCUACUGUGAAUUGUCUCAGCUAAUGAUUCUUUGUAGACUGGUGACUGUUUUCAGAUUGAACUGUAUGUGUAAUGUAUAUGAGUAUACAUAAAGCAAAAAUACAUGGUAUGUGUACAUAUUGUUAUAUAUAAGCCUGUUAUAGGUUAUUUUAUGUGGAUUCUUAAACAUGUUUGGGUAAGUGCAAAAAAUAGUAUGUAAAAUUAUUUUACAUGAUUGCUUUUGGUCUUCAGAACCAUUCCAGAGGUUAGGAAAGGAAGCGGUUGUAGGCCCCUUUUCCAGAAGACAAAACCGAGAUGAGAGAGGUGAAAUGACCCUCAGCAGUCCUUUUUCUGUUAAAUGGAGGCAAAGACUCCUAGGUUAUCUUGAAGUCUCUGUGUAAUGUUAAACCUGUAAGAACUUAGAUUAGUGGUGUGUUGAUGGAAUCUGUGUCUUUUAGAAAUUAUAGUGGCAUUAUUAUUUAUCCAAUAAAUAUUUAUCAAAUGC